AAAGGGUAACUGCAAACUCUUUUCUGGUCUCCAACGGAAGGAAAGUGAGAAAAAAAGGAAAAGAAAAGAAACUUUCCCUUUUACCAAACAAAAAAGAGAGAAACAAAGUUAAAGUCAUAAUUUUUCGUUUGGAUUCCUCUCUCUCUGUCUGAUCUCCAGUCUCAGCGCCUAUACUCUGAUCUGGGUCUGCAAAUUCAAGCCACAAACUGAAAGGCAACAAAGCAGGUUCUGGUUUAUCAUUUAUGUAUAGUAGAAUCAACAUAAUUUUGUAUGAUAGUGAUUGCCAAGCAAAAGAACAAAAAUCAAUUUUUGUUCUUUUGGUGAGUGACACGAACCCGAAGGAAUUGUUUUUGGAUUCUUGGAGUGGAUCAACUAUUUGAAAGAAACCCAUAUAGGUAUGGUGACUGUUCGUUUUAUUUGAAACUUUUUAUUUUUCAAUUUCUUUUUUGCUUGGUAUUGGAAUUUGUCUCAGCUAAGGGUAGUGAAUUGUGAAGGAGCUGUUUUUCUUUUUUUCUUUCUCCAGCUUUUACUGUGUUUGAAUUGUGUGGAGAGAGAAACCCAUCCAGUUAUUGUGGAGAUCUGGGAGUUGUUUCAUCUCUCAAUGAGGACUUUCUUUCCCUCCGAGUCCUGUAAAGAAACACAGCUCAAUGCUCUCAACCCGCAGUCUUGGCUUCAAGUAGAAAGAGGGAAACUUUCCAAACUUUCAUCACAGUCCUCUUCUUCAUCCAUAGAAUCUCUAAUCAAGGUCCCUGAGCCACAGAUACUCCCAUACUUUAAACCUGUUGAUUACGUGGAAGUUUUAGCUCAAAUUCAUGAAGAACUCGAGUCAUGUCCUCCACAAGAGAGGUCGAAACUCUAUUUGUUACAAUUUCAGGUGUUUAGGGGCCUUGGGGAGGUCAAAUUGAUGCGGAGAAGCCUCCGUUUAGCUUGGCAGAAGGCUAGAACCGUCCAUGAGAAACUUAUCUUUGGGGCAUGGUUGAAGUACGAGAAGCAAGGGGAAGAUCUUAUAGCUGACUUGCUUGGCACUUGUGGUAAAUGUGCAGAAGAGUUUGGGCCUAUAGAUGUAGCGUCUCAGCUUCCUCUUGAUAUCAAUGUUAAUUCCCAUGAGUGUGUUUCGAUGAAUGGGAACCAAGUUUCAACGAAUGUCAGUUUUAGAAUUGGAGACGAGAAAAUAGUUUGUGACCGGCAGAAAAUAUCUGGCCUUUCAUCUCCUUUUAAUGCUAUGCUAAAUGGAUGUUUCACAGAAUCACUUUGUGAGGACAUUGAUUUCUCUGAAAACAAUAUCUCAACAUCAGGUAUGAGGGCAGUGAAGGAGUUUAGUAUGACAGGCGGUUUAAGUGAUGCCCCUCCAAAUCUGUUACUGGAAAUAUUAGUUUUUGCAAAUAAGUUUUGUUGUGAAAGGCUCAAAGAUGCUUGUGAUAGGAAACUUGCAUCGCUGGUUUCCAAUAGAGAAGAUGCAGUGGGACUCAUGGAAUAUGCACUUGAAGAGAACACUCCAAUUUUAGCAGCCUCGUGUUUGCAAGUUUUUUUACGUGAUCUUCCUGGUUGUUUAAAUGAUGAUCGGGUGGUGGAAAUAUUUAUUCAUGCUCACAGACAACAGAUAUCAAUAAUGGUUGGGCCGGCCUCAUUUUCUCUGUACUGUUUAUUAAGUGAAGUUGCUAUGAACCUCGAUCCUCGGUCUGACAAAGCAGCUUGUUUCCUGGAACGGUUGAUUGAGUUUGCUGAAACAGACCAGCAGAGAUUGAUGGCAUUUCAUCAAUUGGGAUGUGUGAGGCUCUUGAGGAAAGAGUAUGAUAAAGCCAAACCUCUUUUUGAGUCAGCUGUGAAUGCUGGCCAUAAUUAUUCUGUUGUAGGUUUGGCUAGACUCGGUUACAUCAAGGGUCAUAAACUUUUGGCUUAUGAGAGGCUCAGCUCUGAAAUUUCCACUGUUACCCCUCUUGGAUGGAUGCACCAGGAGAGGUCAUUAUACUGUGAAGGCGAUAAAUGUUGGGAGGACCUUGAGAAAGCAACAGAGUUGGACCCAACUCUUACUUACCCUUACAUGUAUCGUGCUGCCUCCUUAAUGAGGAAACAGAAUGCUCAAGCUGCGCUUGCAGAGAUCAAUCGGGUUCUUGGGUUUAAACUUGCAUUAGAAUGCUUGGAACUUCGGUUUUGUUUCUAUUUAGCGCAUGAGGAUUACCGGUCAGCCCUUCGUGAUGUUCAGGCAAUUCUCACACUCUCCCCUGAUUAUAGGAUGUUUGAGGGACGGGUGGCAGCAUCCCAGCUCCGUACUCUUGUGCGCGAGCAUGUAGAUAAUUGGACAACAGCGGAUUGUUGGCUGCAAUUGUAUGAUAGGUGGUCUUCAGUUGAUGAUAUUGGAUCUCUGUCUGUUAUUUACCAGAUGCUUGAAUCUGAUGCUGCGAAAGGGGUUCUAUACUUCAGGCAGUCUUUGCUUCUCCUGAGGUUGAACUGUCCUGAGGCAGCCAUGCGGAGUCUUCAAUUAGCUCGCCAACAUGCAUCCAGUGAACAUGAACGGCUGGUUUAUGAGGGAUGGAUCUUAUAUGAUACUGGCCACUGUAAGGAAGGGCUCCGAAAAGCAGAGGAGUCUAUCAAAAUCAAGAGAUCCUUUGAGGCCUUCUUCCUGAAAGCCUAUGCAUUGGCCGACUCUAGUCAAGAUCCAUCUUGUUCUUCAACUGUUGUUUCACUUCUUGAAGAUGCCUUGAAGUGUCCCUCAGACAGGCUGCGUAAAGGUCAGGCACUGAACAAUCUUGGAAGUGUUUAUGUUGACUGUGGGAAGUUAGACUUGGCAGCCGAUUGUUACAUUAAUGCCCUUAAAAUCCUGCACACCCGAGCCCACCAGGGCCUUGCCCGGGUUCAUUUUCUUAGAAAUGAAAAGGGUAAUGCAUAUGACGAAAUGACCCAACUUAUUGAGAAGGCCCGAAACAAUGCAUCUGCCUAUGAAAAGAGGUCCGAGUACUGCGAUCGUGAACUCACAAAGGCAGACCUGGAGAUGGUCACCCAGUUAGAUCCGCUCCGGGUGUACCCUUACAGAUAUCGAGCUGCAGUGUUAAUGGACGGGCACAAGGAGAAAGAAGCCAUUGCUGAAUUAACAAGAGCAAUUGCAUUCAAAGCCGACGUUCACCUUCUACAUCUGCGGGCAGCAUUCCACGAGCACAUUGGCGAUGUGUUGGGCGCACUACGUGACUGUCGAGCUGCUCUUUCUGUUGAGCCAAACCAUCCAGAAAUGUUGGAGCUUCACAGCCGUGUAAACGGCCCUGAACAAUAUAUGACUUAGAAAAAAAGGAAGAAAAAAAACAAAAGUCAAGUUUCAUCGCCACCUUGUAUACUAGUGAGCUUGUGCAUGUAAGAUCCAUGUCAUAUCUUUUUUACACCCAAAUUUUGUAAUUUGUAUUUUAAUAUUUUUGGUAAUAUAAUUUAAUUUGUCACAAAUAGAAUAUUGUGGACUUCC